GGCAGCUAGCGACCCUCCACUGGCGUUGGCUAAUUCGGCUUAGUAUUGAGGGUGGUCGUGGGACCAAAACCGCGACGAGCUGUGCGUAUUUUCCCCACAGAUGAGAAGGAACGGUUACUACAGGAAAGGCCGAGACGUCAGCCUCGUCACGCUUGGGCAAGUCCAAUGCAGAAAAUAUGAGUAAACGGGAUAAUUAUCUUGGCUGGCCAAAUCCCUUAACGCCACAGACAACACCAGCAACAACAUCCAUGUUACUGGCUCCUGCUGCAAUCCUGCUUUGGUUCCGGAGCAACAAUUAAAAGGGACCAGCUUGUCUCCUAUUGUUCUAUUUUAUUUCGGGAAAAGACGCGGUUUUGUCUCUAGGCGCUCGUAUAGCCUACGCGAAUAACAGUCUCACAGCCUUAUGUUGUAAACGCAUAUAAUCCACCAGUCUGUUAGUUGGAUGUUUACGCUUUAAAAUGGCUGCUGAACUGGGUAUUUUGGAUCAGAAUGAAGAUCUAGAAUAAGAUGCCGUGAAUGUUGUAAUAUCUUGUCCCUAAGACUUUUACAGGGGACAAUGCGCCGCUUCCAACAUUUUUGCAGUAUUGUGCGCUUUGGAGAAUUUUCCACCCGUAACUGCAGGAGGUAACGUAGGAAAUUCCUUCUGUUCGAAACACAAUGAGGCGAGCCAUCAUUUAUACCUGUAGUCAUAUUUGAAUAUAUCUAUUCAUCGGUAAUACACGGCAAUAUCUCUAGUAUGUGUUCGUCGUUGGAUUGUUAUAGCGUUCGCUGCGUCCUGUAACGGUGUUGAUUCUGCCUGACAGAAUUUUCCUGAUCAGUUUCUGAAUGGAUCCCCCAGCUAAUUGAAACAGUCUGGGUACCACGAAAGCAGAGACUCGGCUUCGCCUCUACUCAUCGGAAGGCCUUGCUCGCUGCCUCCACACAGCAGGAAAAUGGAUGGUGGGAAAAUGCUAAGAACUGAGCUGCUUUUUCUCAGACAGAGGACAUACACAAGCUCUGGACUGCAAGACGUCAACAGAUAUCUAUUGUUGUGCGUUAUGUUCUACCUGGUGCUCAUCACGCACGCUUCUCCCUCGAAAACCUGUGACAAAAACUGUCUCUCCGGGAAAUGCAUCAAUGGGACAUGCGUCUGCGACCGAGGAUGGGUCGGAGACCAGUGUCAACACUGUCAGGGCCGAUUCAAGUUAACGGAACCUUCGGGGUAUCUCACUGACGGCCCAAUCAAUUACAAGUACAAAACCAAAUGCACCUGGCUGAUCGAGGGAUACCCAAAUGCGGUCCUGAGGUUGCGCUUCAACCACUUUGCCACCGAGUGCAGCUGGGAUCACAUGUACGUCUACGACGGAGACUCCAUCUACGCCCCCCUGGUGGCCGUCUUCAGUGGCCUAAUAGUUCCAGAGGUGCGUGGAAAUGAGACAGUUCCAGAGGUCGAGACUACUUCAGGCUACGCACUCCUCCACUUCUUCAGCGAUGCUGCAUAUAACCUCACUGGCUUUGAGAUCUUCUACUCAAUCAACUCGUGUCCCAACAACUGCUCGGGCCACGGCAAGUGCACGACGGGCAACUCCAUUGCCAGCCGCGUGUACUGCGAGUGCGACGAGUACUGGAAGGGCGAGGCCUGCAACAUCCCCUACUGCCGCAACAACUGCGGCAGCCCCGACCACGGCUACUGCGACCUGACCGGCGAGAAGCUCUGCGUUUGCAACGAGAGCUGGCAAGGUCCAGAUUGUUCUCUGACCGUCCCGUCCACGGAGUCCUACUGGUUCAUGCCGAGCGUGAAGCCCUUCGGGACGUCGUUGGGCCGGGCGUCCCACAAGGCCGUGGUGCAGGAAAAGGUCAUGUGGGUCGUGGGCGGCUACACCUUCAACUACAGCUCCUUCCAGAUGAUCCUUAACUAUAAUCUGGAGAGUGGCAUCUGGAACACCGUGCCCAUCAGCAGCGGGCCCCUGCCGAGAUACGGACACUCCAUCGCCCUCUACCAGGAUGAUAUCUACAUGUUUGGUGGGAAGCUUGAGAUGGGCGCGGGCAACGUGACGGACGAGCUGUGGGUCUUCAACAUCCCGAGCCGGACGUGGUCGCAGCGCUCGCCGGCCACGCAAGCGCACACGGGCCAGGUGUUCGCCGUGGAGGGCCACUCGGCCCACGUGGCUGAGCUGGAGAGCGGCGACCCGGUCAUGGUGGUCAUCUUCGGCUACUCGUCCAUCUACAGCUACAUCAGCAACGUGCAGGAGUACAACAUCAGGACAAACGAGUGGCACAUCCCCGAGACUCGAGGGGCGAUUUCUCUGGGUGGCUACGGCCACAGCAGCGUGUACGACCCGGGCAGCAAGUGCGUGUUUGUCCACGGCGGCUACAAGUCCCUGCCCAACAAGAACAACAACAAAUACGGCCUGGUGGAUGACCUGUACCGCUACGAAGUCCCUGCGCGCACCUGGACGAUCCUGAAGGAGAGCUCGUAUCCCCGUUACCUGCAUUCCGCUGUGCUCCUGGGUGGAACCCUCCUCGUCUUCGGCGGAAACACCCACAACGACACGUCGCUGAGCAACGGGGCCAAGUGCUUCUCCACCGACUUCCUGGCGUACGACAUCGCCUGUGAUGAGUGGAAAGUCCUUCCCAAACCAAAUCUCCAUCGUGAUGUGAACCGCUUUGGACACACAGCUGUAACCAGCAAUGGGUCCAUGUAUGUGUUCGGCGGCUUCUCCAGCGUCCUCCUGAACGACGUCCUCGUCUACCGGCCGCCCAACUGCGAGGCCUUCCUGGACGAGAAGCGCUGCGUGACGGCCGGCCCUGGCGUCCGCUGCGUCUGGGUCCGUAGCCGCUGCUCGUCCUGGGCGCCGGGCCCCUUCAACGGCACCAUGGACGCACCCUUCUGCCCUCUGAAACCCGCCCCCAUUGACGAGCGCUGCUAUCGUUUCUCGGACUGUGCCAGCUGCACCUCCAACACCAACGGCUGCCAGUGGUGCGACGACAAGAAGUGCAUCUCGGCCGGGAGCAACUGCUCUGUGCCGGUGAAGAACUUCACGCGCUGCACGCUGAGGAACGAGCAGAUCUGCGCCAAGCUGGUCAACUGCAAGAGCUGCUCCCUCAACCGCAACUGCCAAUGGGAUGCCCAGCAGCAGGAGUGCCACGCCCUGCCAGCUCAGCUCUGUGGGGAAGGCUGGAGCCACGUCGGGGAGGUGUGCCUGCGCAUCAACUCGAGCCGCGAGAGCUACGACAACGCGCAGCACUACUGCAAAAACCUGGACGGGAGCAUCGCAUCGCUCACCAAGGCCAAGCAGGUGGACUUUGUCCUGGAGGAGUUGCAGAAGUACCAGCUGCAGGAGAAGAAGCUGUCGCCGUGGGUCGGCCUGCGCAAGAUCAACGUGUCGUACUGGGCGUGGGAGAACACGGCGCCCUUCGCCAACACCUCGCUGCAGUGGCUGGCGGGCGAGCCCAGCGACUCGGGCUUCUGCGCCUACCUGGAGCUCAGCGACAGCACGGGCCUCAAGGCCAACGCCUGCACCGCCACCACCGACGGCCUCAUCUGCGAGAAACCAGUCGUGAGCCCCAAUCAGAAUGCCCGCUCCUGCAGGAAGCCGUGCUCGCUGCGUACCAGCUGUGCCAACUGCACAAGCCAGACCAUGGAGUGCAUGUGGUGUGCCAGCACCAGGCGCUGCGUCGACUCCAACGCCUACGUCAUCCCCCCCUUCCCCUACGGCCAGUGCCUGGAGUGGCAGACUGGAGAGUGUGUGUCUCAGAACUGCUCGGGGCUGCGGACCUGCAGUAAGUGCCUGGAGCAGCCGGAGUGCGGCUGGUGCGGCGACCCCAGCAACACGGGCCGGGGCCAGUGCAUGGAGGGCUCGUACCGCGGGCCCAUGCGCAGCCCGGCCAAGCUCAACCAGGCCCAGGGCCAGCAGGGCAACGCGCUCACCCACAGCCAGGACAUGGUGCUGGAGCCGGCCCUCUGCCCCAAGGACAAGGGCUACGAGUGGGCCUUCAUUCAGUGCCCUGCUUGCCAGUGUAAUGGCCACAGCACCUGUGUGAACGGCAGCGUGUGUGAACAGUGCAGAAACCUAACCACGGGCACUCAGUGCGACACCUGCAUGGCCGGUUACCACGGAGACCCGACCAACGGCGGCAAGUGCCAAGCCUGCAAGUGCAACGGCCAUGCCAACGUGUGCCAGGUGAUGACGGGCAAGUGUUACUGCACCACCAAGGGGAUCAAGGGGGACCAGUGCCAACUAUGCGACUCAGAGAACCGUUACCUUGGCAACCCCCUGAGGGGAACCUGUUACUACAACCUGCUGAUCGACUACCAGUUCACAUUUAGCCUGCUCCAGGAGGAUGACCACUACUACACUGCGAUCAACUUCAUGGCCCAGCCGGAGCAGACAAACAAGAACUUGGAUAUGUCCAUCAAUGCCUCCAAUAAUUUCAACCUCAACAUCACUUGGUCUGUUGGAUCAACAGCUGGAACCAUCUCUGGCGAGGAGGUCCCCAUCGUGUCCAAGACAAACAUCAAAGAGUACCGUGACAGCUUUUCUUCUGAGAAGUUCAGCUUCCGGAGUAACCCCAAUAUCACUUUUUAUGUCUACGUCAGCAACUUCUCCUGGCCAAUCAAAAUCCAGAUUGCCUUCUCUCAGCACAACAGCAUCAUGGACCUCGUGCAGUUCUUUGUGACAUUUUUCAGCUGUUUCCUGUCUCUGUUGCUGGUGGCUGCAGUCGUGUGGAAGAUCAAGCAGACCUGUUGGGCGUCUCGACGACGUGAGCAACUGAUGCGGGAGAGGCAGCAAAUGGCGAGUCGGCCCUUUGCCUCGGUGUCUGUGGCCCCGGAGGUGGGCUGUGAAUACGUGAAGCUACUGCAGGGAGGAUCUGAGGGCCCCCCCAAACCUGUUGCCAUGGAGCCAUGUUCAGGGGGCAAGGCGGCCGUGCUGACGGUGCUCAUCUGUCUCCCACGCAGCCCCACUGGAGUCCCACCUCCUGGCCAGUCAGGCAUCGCCAUAGCCAGCGCUCUGAUUGACACCUCCCAACAGAAGCCCAUGGACUUCAAGGAGAAGAGCCAGGGUCUGAAGAACCGCAAAGCCCUCCCCCCAGCACACCAGGGCACCUGUGUCUGAGGCUCCGUUCUACUCGCUCUUCUCUUUACCCCCUGCCCCCCUCUUGGCCGUCCCGAACCUCCGAGGGGUCGAGGACGGAAGGGGGCUCACCCUGUUUUGGCCGAACUAACCCACCACUGCAGCCUCUCCGGCUGCCGCCUCUGUGUUGACGAGGGAGGAAGAGAGAGGCUCCUCUUUCAAGUGAUUGGGGAACCCAUUCAGUAGCAGCGUGUUUUAAGCUCCCAUCUACCCCCCCACACCCCCCCCAAACCCUUCUCCACCUUCCCCUCCAUCCCCACCGCUUCGCCACAUCUGCUGCCUCACCUCCUCUCCCUGAGCUGUCAAUCAAAGGCUCCCCUCUUUUCCCUGUUUCCUCUUCCUCCUCCUCCUCCUCCUCCUCCUCCUCCUCCUCCUCUUCCUCUUCACAAGUCAUCUGCAGCUAUUGCAUACCUGCAUGUCCAAAGUGCAUCUUGACCUUCGUCGGAGCGUCACCAUAUGCUUUUGCUAUCUCCAGCAUCCUUAACCCCCCCGCCUCCAGCAUUGAACCACAUUUAGCAUCCUGGUAACUCCCAAGCUUCUCCAAUGGUGGCUAGUUUCCACCUGUGCACCUUCUCGGCCUUGGAGGGAUCGAUCGUCACCUUCAACUCCCCCGGUUCCCCUCCCCUCUCGGUUUAGUGCCAUGUCAACUGACAUCGGAGGAAAAAGCACCUACCAACUCUGGCUGAGAUCGAUCACCCCAAAAUGUGCAAGUUCAACAAUGGGCAACGCCAGGUUAUUACACUUGGACCGAUCAUCCCAGGACAGCCUCCAGUUUUUGUUGUUGUUGUUGUUGUUGUUGAUGCUUCAUCAAUAGAUGAUCCCAGAAUUGCUGUGGUGCACAAUUAGCUCUUGGGACAGGAAGGUUAAAGUUUUGCGUUGGGGAAAAUGCACAGAGCGGGGGAAACUGUAAAUGCUUACUACUAGCAGUUUUUCUGUGGUUCCUAGGUCAAUACCAUGGACGUUGAAAACAUAUUGUUCAGUGGUUUUAAUUUUACACUCCUGUGUUUGCUUGCCAAUUUGACAUUUUUUUUUUUCGGACUGAGCCACUUAAUCACUCUUGUAUUUCUAGCUAUUACGGCUCAUUUUAUUUAAUUAAAACCAAUUGCCAUGUGUAGCGUCUAAAAGCUAUCACAAUCUUUUUAAGCUAAAGCAAAGUAAAGCUGCUGGUUGCUUUGUUCUACCGUAGGAAGAGAGAGAGAGAACAUACAGUUCUAACAUUGUUUGAUGGCUCACAUAUACAUACCUAGACACCCACACACACGUCCAAAUAAACACUCAACAAGAUUAUGAGUGCUAAACAAGUUUGUCAACAGCUUUUUGUCCCCAUUUAUGUGUGGAUAAAAGCAUCUGGAUUGACACACUCACACACAAACACGCACACACACACACAUACUCACACACACUCCAUUAUGAUUAAACAGAAUGUAAAGUACUAUACGCUGCACACAGUGUGUCUGUACGUGCUCUUGAUGUCCGUCGCGUUGCCUGACGUCUUCGCAAGAUGCAAACUAGCGCGGGUGCUCUUAGGGCUAGUGUUCCAUUCGAUCGUCGUCGGAUCACUGAUCAAAAAGGGGGCUGUGGGGUGGAGAGGACGUUCUCUAAAAGACUCGGUGACCCAGUGCUCAACGAGCUAACUCCAUUUUGAAUGGGCAAUGGGCUGCUAGACAGCGCAUCCUCUGUGUCAUCAGCAUGGCAAAAAAAAUGAAGGGAGAUUUAUGUCUAAAUAAGAAGAGAAAGAAAUGGCAGCCCCUUUUUACAAAUGAACGUGGAGGGCUUUUGUUUCGUUUUGUUUUGUUUUGUCUGGUUUGUUUUGUUUUUAGCUGGUAUGUUUAUGGUGUAAAGCAGGUGAAUAUUCUGCCUGUUAUGUAAUAUUCUGUUUAUAUAAUAUGCUGUGGAUCUCCAGAGAAGCUGUUACUGUGGAUGAUUUAUGAUGUUUCUUUUUUGUUUGUUUUGUUUUGUUUCGGUUAGAUGGUUGUUAUUUUCUUGACGAGGUUCAGUACCGGUCUGCCAGAAGGACAUUUGCAUUGUGGGCAGGUCGUGUCUCCAAAAAAAACUCUGGAGUCCUCUGAUUGAACUCGUCACGUUUUGUGGCACAGGAGUGUCUUAAUUGAAAAGCUGUUGGCAGACAGACCCCACUGGCCUCCCCCAUGCGUCCACCGUAAGCCCCCAACCCUCCGCCAUUUUAAGACGCUCUCAGUGACCUCUCGCUGGCCCGACUGGAAUGUUCUGAACGGAGUUGCAGCCUCGGGCCAUCCAAGUCUGAUAAGCUGGACAGGCCACCUCAGCAUUCAUGGACCUUCAGGACUUCUGGGUUGCUGCUUCUGUCAGCCCUAAAGAAACCUUGUUAAUGGAGGGGACGGGGGCUUUGAUUGGUUCUUUGUCUCCAUGGGAACACUGAGGAUAUGUACAGCACGCCCUACAUGUUUGUAUUACAUGGACCUUAAACAUGUGAAUCAAAUGUGAAUCUGUUGCUAUUUACGUAGCUACUUUGUUUCAUUUUUGUUUUGUUUUGUUUCAUUUCUUUCCCUGAUGUUUUUAAUAAAGAGUAUUAUGAGGACAACAUUUAUUUUAGAGCCCAACCUCUGUAUUAUAUCUCCAAGGAUAAUGACGGUGAUGAAAAAAACAAUGUCUUUUACAAUGUUUGUGACAAAAGAAAAAAUAAUGUUGUUUGUUUUCAUAAUGGAUCAACUCCUGUGUACUAUCACUGUUAUUACACUUUUAGUUUAUUAACAUUUUUUUGUAUUUGCAAUGUCACUCAGUAGUUGCUGCUGUGCAACUGUUCCAGUAUGGAGCACUUGGGCAUUGUAAAGUUAUUUUCUUUUUUCCAGAUUGUAAUAUUGUAGUAAUAGUGUACAUGUCAUUUUGACCUUAUUAAAGCCUAUUUGCGGAUGUGAAA